AACUGUUCCGAGUCCCGGAGGCGGGUCAGGUUCUGGAUCCAUGGAGCGGGCGGAAGGGCCGAGUACAGAACUUGCUAAGGCCAUCAAACCUAUCGAUCAGAAGUCAGUCCAUCAGAUUUGUUCUGGACAGGUGGUACUCAGUCUAAGUACUGCUGUGAAGGAGUUGGUUGAAAAUAGUGUGGAUGCCGGAGCCACUACUAUUGAUCUAAGGCUUAGAGACUAUGGGGUGGAUCUCAUUGAAGUUUCAGACAAUGGAUGUGGGGUAGAAGAAGAAAACUUCGAAGGCUUAACUCUGAAACAUCAUACUUCUAAGAUUCAAGACUUUGCUGACCUAACUCAGGUUGAAACUUUUGGCUUUCGGGGGGAAGCUCUGAGCUCACUUUGUGCACUGAGCGAUGUGACUAUUUCCACCUGCCACACAUCCGCGAAGGUUGGGACUCGACUGGUGUUUGAUCACAAUGGGAAAAUUGUCCAGAAAACCCCCCACCCACGACCCAGAGGGACGACUGUCAGUGUGCAGCAGCUAUUUUAUACACUGCCUGUGCGCCAUAAGGAGUUUCAAAGGAAUAUUAAGAAGGAGUACGCCAAAAUGGUCCAGGUCUUACAUGCAUACUGUAUCAUUUCAGCAGGCGUCCGUGUCAGUUGCAGCAAUCAGGUUGGGCAAGGGAAACGGCAGCCGGUGGUAUGCACCAGUGGGAGCGCCAGCAUAAAGGAAAAUAUUGCAUCGGUGUUUGGGCAGAAACAGCUGCAAAGCCUCAUUCCCUUUGUUCAGCUGCCCCCUAGUGACUCUGUUUGUGAAGAGUAUGGGCUGAGCGGAGCAGAUGCUCUGAAUACCCUGUUUGACAUCUCAGGCUUCAUCUCUCACUCUGCUCAUGGUGUUGGAAGAAGUUCAACAGAUAGACAGUUUUUCUUCAUCAACGGGCGGCCUUGUGACCCAGCAAAGGUUUCCAGACUCGUGAACGAGGUCUAUCACAUGUAUAAUCGACAUCAAUAUCCAUUUGUUGUUCUUAACAUUUCUGUUGAUUCAGAAUGUGUUGAUAUCAAUGUCACUCCAGAUAAAAGGCAAAUUUUACUACAAGAGGAGAAACUUCUAUUGGCAGUUGUAAAGACAUCUUUGGUAGGAAUGUUUGACAGCGAUGUCAACAAACUCAAUGUCUCUCAGCAGCCGUUGUUGGAUAUGGAAGGUCACGUAGUAAAAAUGCACUCGGCAGAAAUGGACAAGCCUCAGCCAGCAAAGCCGGAUAGUCCCGCUUCGUUAAGGACCGGAGAAGAGAAAAGGGCAGUGACCAUUUCCAGACUGAGAGAGACCUUUUCUCUUCGGCACACGAUGGAGGACAGGCCUGAGGGCCUGAAGAGCCCUGAACCGAGGCGGGUUUCCCCAAGACAGAAGAGACACGAACAGCUUCCCGGCGCUUCAGGCUCUCUCUGCGCCCGGAGGCCCAUCCCUGGCACAGACUCGCGUGGCCCCCAGGAGGAGGUGACGCGUUCAGAUAAGGGCCCCUGUGACUGCAGGGACAGAGGGGACACGGAGCAGGACUUGGGGCCUAGCCGCCCAUCAGCCAGCCCGGGGGAAGGGCUCGGCACCCCAGAAGUGGGCGGUCACGCCAGCAAGGAGUUUUCCCAAGGAAGUGUGGAGUCUCGGGAGGAGUCACCUGAGACUGACCGUCGCUCUGCAGACCCUGAAGGCCAUCUAGACCAGGAGGAUGGCGGUCGGACACAUAGAGUCUUGCCUCGGCCCGCCGAUACGUCCUCCUCAAACACAAAGCGUUUUAAGAAAGAUGGAAUUCCUUUCAGUUCUGACACCUGCCAAGGGUUGGUGAAGACUCAGACCUCACCAGCAUUUCAGGUUGACGUGGCUGUUAAAAUCCAUAAGAAAAUAGUGCCCCUGGCCUUUUCUAUGGGCUCUUUAGCUCAACGAAUAAAGCAGUUGCAACAACAAGAACAGCGAAGAGAAGGCACACAGGAUUGUAGGAAGUUCAGGGCCAAGAUUUGCCCAGGAGAAAACCAGGCCGCAGAGGAAGAACUCAGAAAGGAGAUAAGUAAAGCGAUGUUCGCGGAAAUGGAGAUCAUUGGGCAGUUUAACUUGGGAUUUAUAAUCACCAAACUGAAUGCAGACAUCUUCAUAGUGGACCAGCAUGCUACGGACGAGAAGUACAACUUUGAGAUGCUGCAGCAACACACUGCCCUCCAGGGUCAAAGGCUCAUAGCACCCCAGACUCUCAACUUAACGGCUGUCAAUGAAGCUGUUCUCAUAGAAAACCUGGAGAUAUUCAGAAAGAACGGCUUUGAUUUUGUUAUCGACGAAGGGGCUCCAGUCACCGAAAGAGCUAAAUUGAUUUCUUUGCCAACUAGUAAAAACUGGACCUUUGGACCCCAGGACAUCGACGAGCUGAUCUUUAUGCUGAGCGACAGUCCUGGGGUUAUGUGCCGGCCUUCCCGAGUCAGGCAGAUGUUUGCCUCCAGGGCCUGUCGGAAGUCCGUGAUGAUUGGAACUGCUCUUAACACAAGCGAGAUGAAGAAACUCAUUACCCACAUGGGCGAGAUGGACCAUCCAUGGAACUGUCCCCACGGAAGGCCGACCAUGAGACACAUUGCCAACCUGGAUGUCAUUUCUCAGAGCUGA